AAGUUGUUUAUUUACUUAAACUGUUCUCAGAUUUGUACUAAGGAUUUACUGUGAAGAUGAGUGAAGAGACUAGGGACAUUGUCGGAUCCCCAAAUGAGUUUACCACGUUGGGCCAGGGAUCUCCUACUUCAGUGUGCAGUGCUCCAGAGUUUACAAUCUUAGGAGCUCACAAACGAACUAUCAGUCGGCGUCGCAUCAGCUCACCUUCUGGAAGUGGAGAUCGGGAAUACGGACUGGAUGAAACUGUCAACCCAACGUAUAACUCAACACCUAAAGAACAGAAGGUACCUGCUAGCAGCAAGAAAAUGCAUACAAAGUCUGUAAAUGUCAGACGUUCUCAGUCCGUGAAGGCUACUCGUCGGACUGAGCCGCCACAAGAACGAAGUUUCUUCCGGGAACGGAUGCUCAGUGUUCCGGAAAGAAAAUCAUUCUCUUCUGCAGAAAAUCUCCAUUUUAGUGGUUCGAACAAACGUACUUUCCUCGAUCCAACAGAAGAUACAGAGUACGAAAGGCUGCGGAAUUUUUCCGUCACAUCCAAAGGGGUCAUCAAUAGGGGGGAUUCAUUUCGAUCCAGAUCUCGUAGCUUUCGGUAUUCACAAAAUAUUUCAACUCCAGCUUCUUCGGAGACUGAACACACUUUCCCAGAAAACUGCCUCCCUCCCCCUACGAUGACUUCAACUAGAGAGAGAGUAUCAGUUUUGGUCGUCGGCUGCCCGGAUGUAGGGAAAUCUUCACUGACCAAUCAAUUCAGCACCUCCGAAUACAUUUGUACUUACGAUUGUUCCUUGGAGGAAAAGAAUGAAACGUCAGUUACGGUUGUGUUAAACGAAGAAGAAUCUGACUUGUUGUUCAUUGAGAAGACCGUUACUUCAGAUACGGUCACAUCGCUACUAAAUCUGUCUGUUGCAUCCUACGUCGUCGUUUAUUCUGUGGUUGACAGAAGCAGUUUUCAAUGGGCCAAGAACUUUAUCAGCCAAGUAGUGAAAUGUGUGGACACGAUGAACAAGGCUCUGAUAUUAGUGGGAAACAAAACCGACUUAGUUCGGCUCAGAAAAGUCUCUCCUGAAGAAAGUCGUUCAGUGGCAGCUUCCCAUGGCUUCAAGUUUAUAGAAAUUUCAACUGGCAUUAAUCACAACGUUGACGAGCUGCUAGUUGGUAUUCUUAACCAGAUCCGGCUAAAACGCCAUCGUGUUGAAGAAAUGAAGAGCGGUGCUGUGGUACCUGAGAACACUGAAGGGCGAUUUAUAGGGUGCACUGGUUGGCGUACUAAAUCUAUUAUCAAGCGAAUUUUACGAAGAUCUCGUAUGAGAAGGUCUUCUUCGUGUGACAAUUUUAAUACACUUUGAAAAGAAUACAAGAAAUAGACGCUUAUGUUGGAUUUUAAUAGAUAUGUUAAUUUAUUACAGUCCUUUGGAAUAAUAGCGUCCUUUUGUAGUAAAAACUCAUUUAUCUUUAAGGUGAAGUUUAAUUGUAAAUUUCAAUCUUUAAGAAUGCUUUUAUUGUUCUUUUGACUUUCAUAAGCAGUUGGUUAGUUUAUCCUUAAGCUUCAACAGGCGUUGUUUUUUGUUCAUAUAACACUGUUUAUACCCACAUCUGAGCGAAUAAGAUUCUAUUGUAGACCAACAACUGCAAUACUGCACACUUCUGUGUUAACUACUGUUGUAUCUAGAAGAAUUAUGUUGCACAUUGUUUUCAGGUCAUAGUUUUAUUUUGACCUACGUUAUACUGCGACCUGCAGGUAGUUACUUUACCUACACACUUUAAACAUGGACAAGAGUUACGAUAGUAUAAUCUAACAGAUGCGUAUCUUUUGAAGAGAAAUAUUGAAAUGUCAAAAGCUCAAAGAUACGACUUAAAUAGAUACGCCUUGAAAGGAAUUAAUCGGAUUGUUCUUACGUGACCUUCAUAUCAUACCUUCAAGUUUUAUCUUAUGAAAUGAUUUAGUUUAAUGAAUAAAAAUUACAGUUUUAGCAAUGUUAAGUUAUAAGUGGCCUUCAUUUGGCUAACAGCCAAAAUCGUACAACUGGUCCAUCUCUAGUUUAUUUUAGUUAGUUAUAUAGAACUUCUCUGUCGUACACUAGCAUUAAGUUUACUUGAUGUAAAUGUGAUCAUUUCACAUUUUCCAUAUAUGCUUUUGCAAAUCAAAUAAUAAUUUUGUUAUUUUCUUUUUUUUAACGAUAGCAGUAGUUCUGAUUGAGCUACUCCAAGGGUCAACAGGAAAAUAUGAAACAUUUCUUUAGAGUACGAACGUUUCAAAAUUAUAUGUUGGAUUAACGUUGUAAGAAAUAGUUCUGUAUUCAGUUGUGUGAAUCAUUAAUCACAAAUAUUUUGCUUCGAUAAGAAUUAGAACACUCUUUUUAUAGUAGUUAAUCGUAUAUUAUAGAGUCCAACAGGUAAUCAUAACUCACAAAAUUGGCUGGACCAAUCCUAUAGAAAAAUGUACAGAAUAUUUAUUUAGAAAAUACCAACUCAUAUGAUUAAGUUUGUACAAAAAAUGGACUGUUAUAGUGUGUGUGUUGCUACAAAAUAUUUACAUAUUUUUCACGAUACCACCACAGACUUGUGACUGUCGUAAGUCUAAUGAUCUCUGGUGGUUAGGAAGUGAAUAUUCUUCUGGAUUUUUUGUUCAUUUAUGAUGCAGGAAGUUAUUAUUUUUUCAAUUUGGGUUAAAUAUUUCAGUCAUAUGAUAUGUUUUUUUAUCUGAACAUUUAUUUUGUUGAGGUAAGAUGAAACAAACUUUUAUCAUAAGUAUUUUUUCUUAUCGAGUCCCAGUAUUUGAUGCAUGUUUGGAGCACUUGAGAGACGUUUCGAUAGUCUUUACAUACGGUAAGUUGUUUGUAGCUUGAGAUUAAUCUCAAACAUUUUUUGUUCUUUUGUAAUGAAAUUCAGUUGUGAGAAAAUAAAUG